CUCACAGCGACCGACGCCAUUUUACCAAGAGAAGCGAACAAAGACAGAAGUAAAAAGAACAAUAUUUUAAGAAAAUACUGGGCUUGCGCCUAAAAAAUUUAGAAAACCUUAGUGAAGAAUUGAAGCUCAUAGUGGAUUGAAGAAAACUUUAAUGUUAGUUACACAACUUUAAUUUGGAAAUUUAGAAAAAAAAGCGUUUUUCGGAGAGAAUUUGGAAAAACAAGUCGCAACAGUGUCUGUACGAACAAAAAAGAAAACUUGAAAAUUAUGAAGGACGAAAUUAAAAGUGCUGUGGAUUUCUUAACAAACAUCAUACGAUCUGGAGACGAUGUAAACGAAGCUCAAACACGUCAAUUCAACGCUAACUUGACAAAUUUGCUUAGUGAUCGGUACCAAGACCAUUGGUUUCCAGAAAAACCUUUUAAAGGUUCAGGCUAUAGGUGUAUGAGAUUGAAUCACAAUAUGGACCCAUUGAUCUUACAAGCUGGAAAUAUGUGUGGACUUAAUCAGUCAUUUCUUGAGUCAUCGUUACCACCAGAGCUUACAAUCUGGGUAGACCCAAGGGACGUUUCAUUCAGAAUCGGUGAAAAUGGAAGUGUUGGUGUCCUAUACCAAACAACAAAGGACUCACAAGUGCAAGAAAAUCCUUCUCAAUCUACGUCAACUCAUAUGGUGCAACAGUCUAGUGAUAACACAUUUCAUCAAAUGAACAGGAACUUCAACAAUACCAUAAUGUCUUGCAAGGACCAGUUUAUGAAUGUUUUGCCAAGUAUUUCCAGAGAAGCUGCGCAUUAUCACCAAUUUGCUGGGUUUAUUUCCAGUUAAUAAAUUGUGGAUAUUUUUUAUAAACAGAAUCUUAGGGCACGCAUUUCAUUAUUUGGUUUUCGACUACAGGCUCAUGUUUUACGGACUAUGACAAAUGCCAUUUUAAUUUUUUCUCAUUUUUUAAAUCAUGUAUUGGCUAUUGUGAUUUUAGACUCAAAACUAGACUUUUGAGCAGUGCUGUUGUAAAAUGUGAUAAUUCCUGGGAUGAUAUUUGACAAAUGUACUUUAUAGUUCAAUGCAUGAUUUUAUGUAUCUUGUGACAAUGUAAACAUGUUUUUAAUCUUUAUUAGUGUGAUUCCUGUGGAGUUACUAUAAAACUGUUUGGCAAACAAUCAUAUUUUUUGCCAGAAUAGCUCAGGAUAUCAUUUAUAUAGCAUUUCCAAUGUUGAUGCUUUGCACAAAGUGCAAUUUAAGUCUUUCAUGUAUACUUUACCGCAUCCUGAUCUCCAAUAGGAUAUUACUAUAUGUAUUAAUAUAAAGUUGCAAUGUAUUUUUGACCAAAGUUGGGGUUUGAUAACCCUAAUGCUGGUGUAAAAUAUAAGUAUUUUAAAUAUAAAAUAUGUGCAAAAAAUAAAGAUUAAAAAUAUUAAAAAAUGUGCAAAUAAUAAGAA